AUGAAGCCUAACCACCAAGCUCUUACUUAGCCAACCAGCAUGUCAUACAUCUGCUGCCUGCCCAACAUGAACUGCUGCACCAGCUGCUCUGCCCAGCACUGUGUGCCCACUAACUGCCACGUCUGCAACCUGCCUGGGACUUGUAACAUCUCUGCCUCUGUGGUCAACUGUGGCUGGCUCUGUGAGGGCUCCUUCAACAGUAACGAGAAGGAGACCAUGCAGUUCCUGAAUGACUGCCUGGCCAACUACCUGGAGAAGGUGCGCCAGCUUGAGCAGGAGAAUGCACAGCUGGAGGGCCACAUCCAUGAGUUUUGCCAGCAGCAGGUGCCCUAUGCAUCCCCGAACUACCAGUCCUACUUCCGGACCAUCAAGCAGUUCCAGACACUUCAAGAAGUCAAUACCCUGCAAAGCCAGAUUGGUGAGCGCCUCAAUGUGGAGGUGGAUGCUGCCCCCAACGUGGACCUGAACCGUGUGCUGAAUGAGACCAGGUCUCAGUAUGAGGCCCUGGUGCAGACCAACCACAGGGAUGUGGAGGAAUGGUUUACUUCACAGAAUGAGGAGCUGAACAAGCAGGUGGUGUACAGCUUGGAGCAGCUGCAGUCCCUCCAGGCAGAGAUCAUGGAGUUGAGAUGCACAGUUAAUGUCCUGGAGAUCGAGCUGCAGGCCCAGCACAACCUAAGAAACUCUCUGGAAAACACACUAAUGGAGACAGAGGUACACUAAAGCUCUCAGCUUUCCCAAGUGCAGUGCAUGAUCACCAAUGUGGAGUCCCAGCUGUCUGAGAUCCACUGUGACCUGGAGUGUCAGAACCAGGAGUACCAAGUGCGGCUGGAUGUCAAGGCAUGCCUGGAGGGUGAGAUCAACACAUACCAGAGCCUGUUGGAAAGUGAGGACAGCAAGCUGCCCUACAAUCCCUGUACUAUGACCAAUGCCUAUGACAAGCCCAUUGGACCCUGCAUUACCAAUCCCUGCAUACCUUGUGGAAUAUGCUCUCCCCGUGGUCCCUGCAACGCCUUUGGUGCUCGGUGCCCUGAGGCCAGCAGGAGGAUUGUGCAGGGAUGA